UGGAUAAAAUGCCGAUGGCGACGUCUCCUCGUCAGCAGCGAUCAAUCGCUCUGAUCCUGCCCUUAACUGAUCCUUCUCUUGCUUUUGCUUGCGCUCAUCCCCAUGCCAUAUCAAGAAACAGCAUAACAUCAUCUUCCUCCUCACUGCUCUUCUCAGCCCCGUCUCCAGUCUCCUUCCCCUCUCCUUCCAAGCUCACUCACUCUGCCUCGAUCACGAGAAGCUUCUGAAACCAUGGUGGGCAUAGAGCAGAAGGGUGACGGAGUGAGGAAGCACCGCCCCCUCGUCUUCGCCUACUACGUUACCGGCCACGGUUUCGGCCACGCCACUAGGGUCGUCGAGGUUGUUAGACACCUUAUUAAUGCGGGACACAUUGUGCAUGCCGUGACCGGUGCUCCGGACUUUGUUUUUACCUCUGAAAUUCAGUCACCCAGGCUCUUCAUUCGCAAGGUGCUUCUAGACUGUGGAGCAGUUCAGGCAGAUGCAUUAACAGUGGAUCGCCUUGCUUCCCUGGAGAAGUACUCCGAGACAGCUGUUGUACCCCGAGAUUCUAUAUUAACGACAGAAGUGGAGUGGCUAAAAUCCAUCAAGGCCGACCUGGUGGUUUCAGAUGUUGUUCCAGUUGCAUGUCGUGCUGCAGCAGAUGCUGGAAUUCGGUCUGUCUGUGUGACUAACUUCAGUUGGGAUUUUAUCUACGCAGAGUAUGUCAUGGCUGCUGGAAAUCAUCAUCGCAAGAUAGUUUGGCAGAUUGCAGAAGAUUAUUCACACUGUGAAUUCUUAAUCCGCCUUCCAGGAUACUGCCCAAUGCCUGCUUUCCGUGAUGUUAUAGACGUACCUUUGGUGGUGAGGAGGUUGCACAGAUCCCGUAAGGAGGUGAGAGAGGAACUUGGAAUUGGAGAGCAUGUGAAGGUGGUUAUCCUCAAUUUUGGUGGACAGCCAUCAGGCUGGAAGUUGGAGGAGAGAUACUUGCCUUCCGGGUGGCUGUGCCUGGUAUGUGGUGCCUCCGAAAGCGAAGACCUUCCACCAAAUUUCAUAAAGCUUGCAAAAGAUGCAUACACACCCGAUCUUAUUGCAGCUUCUGACUGCAUGCUUGGUAAAAUUGGAUAUGGUACUGUGAGUGAAGCUCUUGCAUACAAGCUCCCCUUUGUCUUUGUGCGCCGAGAUUAUUUUAACGAAGAACCUUUUUUGAGAAACAUGCUAGAGUACUAUCAAGCUGGUGUGGAGAUGAUCAGGAGGGAUUUACUUGUUGGCCAUUGGAAGCCUUAUCUUGAGCAUGCCAUCAAUCUGAAACCAUGCUAUGAGGGAGGAAUUAAUGGUGGCGAGGUGGCGGCUCACAUCUUGCAGGAGACAGCUGUUGGAAAAAAUUAUGCAUCGGAUAAGCUUAGUGGGGCAAGAAGAUUGCGAGAUGCCAUAGUUCUUGGCUAUCAACUACAACGGGCCCCGGGACGAGAUCUAUGCAUUCCUGAGUGGUAUGCAAAUGCUGAAAAUGAACUGAGUCUCAGUACUGGGUCCCCUAAAUUUGAAGCAAAUGAAAGAAUUUCCCAAAUGGACUUGUAUGAUGAAGAUCUUGAGAUUAUUCAUGGAGAUAUUCAGGGUUUAUCUGAUACAAAGAGUUUCUUAAAGAGUUUGGCUGGGCUAAAUGCCACAAAUGAUUCUAUAAAAAAUACUGAGAAGCGACAGAUGCGUGAGCGGAAGGCAGCUGCUGGACUCUUCAAUUGGGAGGAAGACAUCUUUGUGACCAGGGCACCUGGAAGAUUGGAUGUGAUGGGAGGAAUCGCAGACUAUUCAGGAAGCCUUGUUUUGCAGAUGCCUAUCAGAGAAGCUUGCCAUGUUGCUGUUCAGAGGAAUAACCCAUCUAAACAUAGGCUCUGGAAACAUGCCCUAGCCCGGCAACAAGCCAAAGGACAAGGACCAACCCCCGUUCUCCAAAUUGUAUCCUACGGAUCAGAACUGAGCAAUCGUGGCCCAACUUUUGACAUGGAUUUGUCUGAUUUUAUGGAGGAUGGGAAGCCAAUAUCUUAUGAGAAAGCAAAGAAAUACUUUGCUCGAGAUCCAUCACAAAAAUGGGCAGCAUACGUUGCUGGGACAAUUCUAGUUUUAAUAACAGAAUUAGGUGUACGCUUUGAGGAUAGCAUUAGUAUGCUGGUCUCUUCUGCUGUUCCAGAAGGCAAAGGUGUAUCUUCGUCUGCCUCAGUAGAGGUUGCUAGCAUGUCUGGCAUUGCUGCUGCUCAUGGGUUAGAUAUCAGUCCAAGAAAGCUUGCUCUGCUAUGCCAAAAGGUUGAGAACCACAUUGUGGGAGCUCCGUGCGGUGUGAUGGACCAGAUGACCUCCGCAUGUGGUGAAACGAAUAAACUCCUUGCAAUGGUUUGUCAGCCUGCUGAGGUACUCGGGCUUGUGGAGAUCCCCACUCACAUACGGUUUUGGGGAAUUGAUUCGGGAAUUCGACACAGUAUUGGAGGUGGAGAUUAUGGCUCGGUUAGAAUAGGUGCCUUCAUGGGAAGAGAGAUGAUUAAGUCCACGGCAUCAACAAAGCUCUCCCGCUCCUUUUCAAGUACUGAAAAUGGCUUAAAUCCUGAUGAAGUGGAGGAGGAUGGGGUCGAAUUACUGGAAAACGAAGCGUCAUUAGAUUAUUUGUGUAACCUAACACCUCACAGAUACGAAGCUCUCUAUGCUAAUGUCCUUCCCGAGUCUAUAUUUGGUGAGGCAUUUUUGGAGAAAUACACUGAUCACCAUGACACGGUCACGGUUAUUGAUCCUAAGCGCGCUUAUGGAGUUCGAGCCUCUGCUAGACAUCCGAUAUAUGAAAAUUUCAGAGUCAAGGCUUUCAAGGCUCUACUUACUUCAGUAAGCUCAGACGAGCAGCUUACGGCCCUUGGGGAGCUUCUGUAUCAGUGCCAUUACAGCUACAGCGCCUGUGGACUCGGUUCUGAUGGGACCGAUAGGCUGGUCCAGUUAGUGCAGGAAAUGCAGCACUGGAAGAGGCCUAAAUCUGAGGAUGGGACUCUCUACGGAGCAAAGAUUACUGGUGGGGGAUCAGGUGGGACAGUCUGUGUGGUCGGGAGGAAUUGCUUGAGGAGCAGUCAACAGAUUCUCGAGGUUCAGCAGAAAUAUAAAGCUGCAACAGGGUAUCUGCCCUUCAUCUUUGAGGGCUCAUCCCCCGGCGCCGGGAAGUUUGGGUACCUGAAAGUCUGUCGCCGAAGCUCUUCCAAGCUAGUUUAGUAACCAAAUAGCAGUGUAGAGAACAAUACGUUGGACGUAUACAUACAAAAAUACUUAUCGAUACCAUUCGACGGCAUAAGCACCGCUGAAUUUAGAUGCAAGAGACUUAGCAGGUCAGCUCACUUCGGGUUAUAAGGAUUACAUUAGCUGUCUAGUCUACCUGCGAUAACUAAUAACACAAAAGCUGUCAAUCGUAGCUUAACUUCUUCUGAGCGCAUGCUUGAUUAUGAUUAGUAGUUAAUAAUAUUCUUCGAGAAAUCAGCGAUUUCUCGGCCUUCA